AUUUCCGAGUGCUCGGUGGGACAGAUCGGGCGCGGCGGUUUGAGUUACAACGGCGGGAAGAAAGCGCCGAAGGGAGCUCGCGAAGAAAUAAAUUCAUCUUAAAUUAGCAGCACAGACAAGACAAGAGCAAAAUAAGGAAAACGGUGUUCGGUUAAAAGUAAAAAGAUGCCAAAGAGAAAAUCAAAGAGGGACUUCAGAAAGAAGCUGGGAGAACCAGAUGUGUCAAGUAUUUUGAAAGUUCUCCAUACUGACCAAGCAGAGGAACCUGAUGAAUUAUUUGAUGAAUCUUCACAGGAACCUUUACAUAGCACCGCUGUGUCUGCUUAUGAGGAAGAAGAUCAGUAUUCAGAUGGGUCAACAAGCAGUUCAUCAGAUUCUGAGCCAAAAAAGAAAGAUACUAGUGGAAGGUACUACAGAUGUAAAUUUGAAAACAUGUUUAUCCUUGUAAUACAUCAUGUACCCAUUCCUCAUUCACUCACACACCUGAAAAGAAAUUACCUUUUGAUUUUUAAAGCUACAUGCCAGAAUGUAUUGCAUUAUUUUAUAUAUUUUUCUAGGAAGCGUCAGCAUAUCUUGAAAUCAAGAUCAGAGAGAGAAGAUUCUGAAGAGGAACCUGUGCAAGAGAAUAUGAGAGCCACAGAAUCUACAUCCAGCACAGAGGACUAUAGAUUAACAUCUCCGCUGCCAGUAAGAUGCAGCUCUUCAGAAUGCAGAAUAUCAGAUAACAUUCCAGAUCUUGUGGAGGACUUGAAUACUGAUAAGAGGCCUAUUAUGAGUGCUGAAUGCCACAAGAAGCGGAAAGAGGCUUGUUCACCAGAGAUGGAGACAGAUUACUCAGAUUCAGAUGCUGAGCCAGAUUCGAUAAAGGUUUGGGGUUCCAAAGACAUGAAAAAGGUUGCCAGCCGUGUCAAAGAAACUGAUGUUAUUCUGGAUGCAUUUGAGAGAAUAACAGCAAAAUACAAACAAGGAGUGGAGCUGGAAAUAUGUAGGAAAGCUAUUGAUAGCUUUUCUAUUGCGUUCAGAGAGCAACUCACCGAUAAUGUUGCAGAUGCUGAGGAACUUAGAACAACAAAAUUGAAAAAUGCAAAGAUGGUGAGAGCAACAAAUAAGAGAAGGCAGCGUUUGAUAGAAGUCAAAGGAGAACUACUUAAAACUGAACCACGGCUAAAGAAACUGGAAAGAGAAUAUGCUGAACUAAAAGGAGAACUAUCCACUCUCAGGAAUGCAGUUCAGUUGGUGACUGAUUUAAAGGAUCUUAAACAAAAAUAUGUCAAUGUCAGAAAGGAAAACCCACAAGAAAAAACAGUAUAUGGUGCCUCCAGCCUUCCUGCGCUCCUGGUGGAAUCACGAAGAAUUUUAGGAGCUGAAAGCCACGUUCGCCAUAUCAACUCAAAAUUACAACAGGUUUUAGAUUCACAAACAGAGGACUAGACAGAUAAAUAUAUAUAAUUUACACUUUACUGCCUAACGAAUACCAUGCCAUAUUUUAAAUACAACUACACAGCAGAGACCCAUUGAAAUUAAUGAACAUUACUAAGUUAUGUCAAUAAAUUUCACUAGGUCUAAUCGGAGUAAAACACAGUUGAAUGCCACCCCACUGACACCUCUGAUAGUAUUGUAGUUGAAGCAGGAAAUUUGAAUAUUAGUAAUUUUUUGAAGGGAUUUUUCUCAUGUGGCUGAACUUAUUCAUACUUUUAGUGUUGCUAUCUGAACUCAACAUAAUAAGCAAUAAAUGCUUUUUUAAAUUGCCAGUUAAGUUGGAGGCAAAUGGGAUAGGACAGAAAACUGAAUAUGAACAAGAUAAACCUUGAUAGUUUUUUAAUGGCAAGCUUGAGAAGUGACCUCACUGCUUGCUGUCAAGCCCUAAGAACAUCUGAACAGCAGCAUGUUGGCUACCUGUGGCCCACAGGGUAGUAUAAAUUACAUUAAGCUACUUGUUUUCCAUCACUAACAUAAUUAAAACUGGAUACCAGAGAAAAACACUAAGAUGAAGCAGGUGGCUUCUCCCCUCUUCUGCCAAUCUCACACUCUGUGCAAAUCAGUUAAUAUAUGUGUAGUUGGACACUUAUGUGAAUUACACAAAUCACUUUCUGCACUAUAACUUUAUUCAUUUGACUGUUUUGCUGUACUAAUCCAUUUCUAGAAUUAAGAGAGAGCAUAUUUCAGUAACUGGCAUCUUGGUGGUUGCUAAGUUGUUUCAGCCCUAUAAGUCACCCUGUAAGGGGUACUAAUGUUUUUUGGUGUUUGUUGUCUUGGGACUAGCUAGCUGAAACCAUCAUGAUUUCUCAAGUAAAAGCAUGUUGUUGGCUAUCUUGUGUGGCUAUUGCCAACAUAACUGCCCUAGUGAAUGCUUUUUAUUCAGCCAUGCCUAAUUUAUUAAGUAGAGUUACUUUUUUUGUUUCAUCUCAUUUGUGUUUUCUUGAAACCUCUAUUAGAAGAUCAUCGGGUAUUUCAUCUGUACUCCAAGGCUGAAAUGUUUCAGCAGCUUCAGCUAGUUCUAUAUCCUCAGCAGCUUCCAAAAAGCAGAUGUCAUUUUCAUUAUCCCCUGUGAUACUUGAGCUUUUCUUGGUGUUCAGCUCUCUAUUUUCAUGUGUUGCCGUUAAAGAUUUUCUUUCUGUAA